GGAACAGACUCAAUGCUUCACGGGAAGUAGCCCCAGUAACCCUCCCGAACUGCCGGCUCAUUAAAGGGAUUGAAAGUGGUUCAGAAGACAUUGACAUACUCCCCAAUGGACUGGCUUUCAUCAGCUCCGGCUUGAAAUAUCCAGGAUUAAAGAGCUUUGCACCAGACAAGCCAGGUGAAAUAUUUUUGAUGGAUUUGAAUGAAGACAAUCCCAGAGCAGUGGAACUGAGAAUCAGCCGAGGGUUUGAUCUGGCGUCGUUUAACCCUCAUGGAAUCAGCACCUACAUAGACAGAGACGACACCGUGUACCUCUUUGUUGUGAACCAUCCCCAUCAGAAGAGCACAGUAGAACUGUUUAAAUUUGUAGAAGACGACAGUUCUCUUGUACACCUGAAAACCAUUCAACACGACCUUCUGACAAGUGUGAAUGAUAUAGUAGCUAUGGGACCAGACAGCUUCUAUGCUACCAAUGACCACUACUUCUCCGACUUCAUCUUGAUGUUCUUGGAGAUGUUCUUGGGUUUAACUUGGUCAAAUGUUGUUUACUACAGUCCAAAAGAAGUUAAAGAAGUAGCAGCUGGGUUUUAUUCAGCCAAUGGAAUUAACAUUUCACCCGACAGAAAGUACAUCUAUGUUGCAGAUAUAUUUGAUCAUAAUGUCCAUGUUAUGGAAAAACAGGCUAAUUGGAAUUUAACCCAUGUGAAGACACUGCAGCUGGACACUCUGGUUGACAACCUGUCUAUUGACCCUCACACUGGAGACAUCUGGAUAGGAUGUCAUCCCAAUGGGAUGAAGCUGUUCUACAACGAUCCUGAAAAUCUGCCUGCCUCUGAGGUCCUGCGCAUCCAGAACAUCCUCUCGGAGGAGCCUGCGGUGACGCGCGUCUACGCCGACAACGGCUCUGUGCUGCAGGGAAGCUCGGUGGCAUCCGUCUACGAGGGAAAACUGCUCAUCGGCACAGUCUUCCACAGAGCUCUCUACUGUGAGCUAUAGCUCGUCGUGGGUAAGAUCUGCUGCGGUGGAAAGGAUUUAAUUCCUUGGGAACUCACUUAGUUUCUGCUAGAUUUGCUAACAAGACUGUUCCAAUAAAGGUUAACUUGAGUCAUGGAAAUGUAUUUUAGCCUUCCUCUCCAAAAUGGGAUUUUUACGCAAUAGUAAAGGAAAUGGAAUUGAAGGUGAGAAAUUAGUUUAUUUGUGUAAUGGGGAGAACCCCAUGUCAGUAACAAAGAGUAACCUCGAAGUUCAAAUUCAGAUUACGAAUGACUAAACUGUCAGACACAGAAUUAUCUCUUGCCACUGGAUUUCUGUUUUUGGUUUUGUGUUUGUUUUUUUUUUUUUUCUCCCAGAGAAAACUGAUUCUGUAAAUGAGAACUGGUAACUACCAGUGUGGUGUGCUUUCUUGUCACCGACCCCUGGGCUUUCCCAGGGACUCUGCUAAGGGUUCUUCUUCCCAACUCUUCUGUUGGCUUUCCCUAAUGCUUCUGAAAUAAUUGGAAGGAGAAUAAAUGUUAUUUCAAUCU